AUGAGCGACCAGCAUGAACCCCAAUCGUCCCCAGCGAUCCACAACGUUCCUCUCAAUGACGUCGAAUCCUGUCUCGAAUCCGAAUCGCGGAGUCGCGCUUUUCCUUGGUCCAACUUCGAAAGUCUAUCAGCUUCAGAUAUUGUUUCCGACCCUUCUAAGCUCUCCGCGCUCAUCGAACACUUCUCCGAAAACUGGCAGGAUUAUUUAGAAGAUUGGUUCACGAAGCUGGGAAUCGUCAUUACCCCCAGCUACCUACAACACUUGGUCGGUGGUCAACCGCCUCCACAGACGAAACUUCAUGCGAUUGCAGCGCUGGAUGGGUUGCGAGGAUGGGCCUGCUUGCUGGUUUUUAACUUCCAUUUCCUUUUCACCUAUACAUGGAAGGUCGCCGUUGGUUGGGGAUUCAACAAUGACAAUUUUUACCUCUACCAAUUGCCAAUCAUCCACGUCCUCGUCUCAGGUCACAUUAUGGUCGCCAUAUUCUUCGUGAUAUCCGGAUAUGUGCUUUCCUAUAAACCUCUCAAAUUGAUCCGCAACCGCUCCUGGGAAGAGACAUUCGUCACAUUGGCGUCUUCAACAUUCCGACGCGGCCUCCGAUUGUACGUCCCUUCGAUAGUCGGCAUUUUUCUGGUCCUGGUCGCCGUACGCAUAGGCGUGUACAACUACUCACAAACGGUUCUGUACGAGGGACACACCAUCAGGGGCACCAACGAGCAGCAUCCACCGAUUAUGGUCAAAUCACUUGUCAAGCAGUUGUGGGAUUGGUAUGCAACAAUUGCGCGAUUAAUGGAUCCUUUCGACUGGGCCCUAUACUACAACAACUACAACCCCCACCUGUGGACCAUACCUGUCGAAUUCCGCAGCUCUAUUGUCCUAUUCCUCACGAUUCUCGCCACCUCCCGCGUCAAGACAGCCGUGCGCAUCUCCCUAGUCAGCACUCUGGUCUGGUUUUGCAUGCGCUACGGCCGAUGGGACGUUGUCCUAUUCUUAUCUGGCAUGCUUAUGGCUGAAGCCGAUCUCAUACAAGGCCUUUGGGAUAAAAGCCCAUCUGCGGAAGAGGAACUGAAAGAAAAACAGGGUUGGAGCGCCCAUACCACUCCCUCGACAUCCAAACCUCGACAACCAUUCCGCCUAUUGAGCCCUAAGCGCUGGAUCGCCCUCUUAAUCCUAGGACUCUAUUUCGGCUCGACGCCAAACACCGGCUACAAGUUCACCCCAUUCUUCAUGUGGACAUGGCACGUCACGCCCAAAACAUACCCCGAACCGCACCGCUUCCCGCAAACGCUCGGCGCAAUCAUGAUCGUCUAUAGUAUAAACCACUCAAAGGACAUCCAAAAGCUUUUUGUCAACCCCGUCUCGCAAUAUCUAGGCAAAAUCUCCUUCGCAUUCUACAUUGUCCACGGACCCAUCCUCCACUCAUUGGGUUACUCUCUCAUGCCGAAUAUCUGGAACAUCACCGGGAAGGAGACGAACUUCCAGUACUGUUUGGGUUUCUUCAUCGGCUGGGCGAUCUGUCUUCCCAUCUCUCUCUGGGCGGGCGAUCUCUUUUGGCGCCUGGUUGAUAUUCCGAGUGUUAGUUUAGCGAGGUGGAUCGAAGGGAAGGUUUUGGCGAGAACGGGCGGGGGUGGGAUGAAGAAGUCACAGAAAGAGACUUCGCUUGCUCAUUGA